AUACUAUUCAUCAUUAUUCACAGGCUGUGCGAGUGGCUAAGUGGUUUACGAUAAAGUUACUGACAAGGUGUCCCACCUGCUCAACUUACUCAAUGGCGGAGGUACAACGGUACAAGGACAAAGUGACAUUAGUCACAGGAGGAUCUAAAGGCAUUGGGAGGGGCUGCGUUGAAGUAUUCGUGAAACAUGGCUCGAAGGUGGUGUUUUGUGCAAGGGGAGAAAAGGAAGGAAGAGAACUAGAAGCAGAAAUGAACAAGCGAGGUCCCGGAGAAACUUUUUUUCUCACGUGUGACGUUUCCAAAGAAGACGAUAUCAAGAAUGUGGUUGCCAAAGCAGUUGAGAAAUAUGGAAGGAUCGAUUGUCUCAUCAAUAAUGCCGGACAACACCCCCGACACAAGCCAAUAGACGAUAUAUCUGCUGAUGAUUUUCGCCGUCUACUGGAUGUCAAUCUUAUCAGCAUGUUCCUGUUUGCCAAGUUUGCAUUGCCACAUCUAAGGAAAACUAAGGGAAACAUUAUCAACGCAUCAAGUCUAGUUGGAAAGAUAGGUCAGCCGGGAGCCACGCCAUAUGUCUCCACAAAGGGAGCCAUCACCUCCUUCACCAAGGCUCUGGCUAUUGACGAGGCCGAACAUGGAGUUCGGGUGAAUGUAUUUUCCCCUGGUAACGUCUGGACCCCUAUGUGGGAGCAGGGAGCCAGUUUUGCCCCAGAUCCCGCGGAGUCUAAACAGGCUGGAGAAGAUGCGCAGCUGAUUGGACGAUACGGUACAAUGGAGGAGAGUGGACUUCUGUGUCUGUAUCUGGCCGCUGAUGCUACCUUCUGUACUGGUAUAGACGUGAAUCUGUCGGGCGGGGCAGAACUGGACUAUGGAUAUAAAAACAGGACGAAAAAACAUCAAACUUGGAGAAAGACUCAAGAUUAAUGUCAUCCACACCGUGUAGUAGUGUUGCUUUAAUGAUCAUGCAAUGCUCCAUGUUAUAUAGUAAUACUUUAAUGAUGCUGUAAACCUAUUAAGAGUUUCCACUGAUUAUUCAUCCGUGUACAUCUGUCUUGUAUUCUGUAAACGUGUCUAUGCUUGAUACCAUUAAGAUGAAGAAAAUGGACAUUGAACCAAUGAGGUAGCUCCCUUGUCGAAUUACAAUGAACAUAUUCAUAUGUGCACUUCUGACUAGGAAAAGACUUUUGAUUCCUGAUCAAUAAAAUUAUCUUAAAAGAAAAA